UGUGUCUUAUUGCAUUGUUAUUGAUCACCCCCAUCUUAUUUCUUGAAAAUAUAUGGGGUGGCGCCGUCGUCGCGUCCACAUCUGUGUUUGAAGUCCUCCCCGAGAUAUCUCGUCGGCUUGGGCCUCGGCUUGCCGAGAACAAUAGCCGUCGAACGAAGAUAGCUGAAGUUAAUCUGAACAUCAAAACCCAGACAAACAUUUCUUCCAUCUACCAGUAUUUCUCCUUACUUAUUUGAUUCCUUUGUAUUGUGAUCUGUACAUUGAUUGCAGUGUCAUCGUCAGCUUCGUUGAAGAAGUGGUUCGUUCGAGGUUUCUCUGAAGCAUCGUCCAGUCAUGACCUCGUCCGUCUUCCAGAUAAAAGAGCAUGUCUUAGAAUGUCAGCAUAUCCGGGAAUAUGCCCGCGCUACAUCUGCAUCACAAGAAGCCGUCUUACAUCUCUCCAUCAAACAGUAUACGCCAUUAGACAAUCUUGAACCACAAGAGGGCGAUGUGACCAUUAUUGGAGCUCAUGCCAAUGGAUUUCCGAAGGAACUGUAUGAGCCCCUAUGGGAAGACUUGCAGGCUCGUUCAAAGGGCAGUGGAUUUAGGAUACGAAGUAUCUGGAUCGCAGAUGUCGCCCAGCAAGGUCAAAGUGGAGUGUUGAAUGAGGAACUUCUAGGGAACGAUCCUGCCUGGAGUGACCAUCCCCGCGAUCUACUCCACAUGAUCAACCAAUUCCGCUCAGAGAUGCCCCUUCCCAUAGUCGGAAUAGGUCACUCAUUCGGUGCCAACACCCUCUGCAACCUCUCUUUCAUCCACCCACGUCUCUUCACCACUCUCGUUCUCCUCGAUCCUGUGGUGCAACAAGAAGCCUCGGCGCCCGUAGGACCAAGUCCUGCCCAGGCCUCGACUUUCCGUCGAGAUCUCUGGCCAUCUCGAGCUGAAGCUGAAGCCGCUUUCCGCAAGCAGAAAUUCUACCAAACCUGGGACCCUAGAGCACUAGACCUGUGGUGCAAGUAUGGAAUCAGAGAGACGCCUACAGCGUUGUAUCCUGAUGAGACAGGAUCCGUGACGCUAUUGACUACGAAACAUCAAGAAUGCUUCACGUUUUUGAGACCGAGCUGGGAGGCUAUGAGUGAGGAUGGGUCGAAGAUCAUAAACCGAGACCUUGUGCCAGAUAUGCGUGAUGAUAGUCCCAUCAAGUUCCCAUUCUAUAGAGCGGAACCGCCUAAUACGCUUGCCAGACUAGGCGAGUUGCGACCCAGUGCUCUGUAUGUAUUCGGCUCAGAAAGUGCAAUGUCUGGACCUGCUGCUCGCAAAUACAAGUUAGAUGUUACGGGAGCCGGACCUGGGGGCAGUGGUGGUGCCAAGGAGGGGAGAGUUCAAGAGGUGCUGCUGGAAGGUAUUGGGCAUUUAGUUGCUAUGGAGGCAAGCCACAAGUGUGCCGAUUCGUCAGCUGCUUGGUUAGGAAAAGAAUUGAAGCGAUUUGAAGAAGAGAAGAGGAAGUAUGUGGAAUGGACCAAGCAGAGUCUGGCAGCGAAAACUACGCUCUCAGAGGAAUGGCAGAAGAGAAUUGGUGGUCCUAUGAAACGGCCAAAGAGCAAAAUGUAGAAGCCAUAGAAGAUCU